GUUCUCGCGCGCGCCGCCGCCGAUCGAGCGUUCGAUCGCGCGCGCGCUCGCGGACGCGCUGUUCGGCGCGCUGCGGUUCGCGGACGCGGGCUCGAGCGCGACGAGCGGGGCGCGCGCGGCGACGAUUGCGAUGAUUCUGCGCGCGCUGCUCACCGCGUACGGCGCCCUGCUCUGCGCGUCGCUCGUCGAUAAGCGCGCGAAACGCGGCGUGCGAAAGGUGCACGACGCGGUGCGCGCGAACGCGCACCUGGUGGCGAGCGAUGAGAAGCGAUGGAAGCGGUCGAAGGUGGACCCGAAGACGCUGGCGACGCGGGCGACGAAGACGCGCACCGUCGUCUUCAUUCGACACGGUGAGAGCACGUGGAACGAGGUGUUCAAUCGAAAGUUUGAUCACACGUUUCCAGUGCGACUGAUCGGGGGCGUCAUCGCGGAGCUGGGGAAGUUUUUCGCGCGAGAUUCGUUUUUUUUGGAUUCGCCGCUGAGCGCGACGGGGGUGGCGCAGGCGCAGGCGCUGCGCGCGCACUUCGCGACGGAAUCGGCGUCUCGCGCGGCGAAGAGCCAGACGAAAGGAUACGUCGGUGACGUCGUGGACGUCAUGUUGGGGCUUCGAGGUAAAUCGGUCAUCGCGAGCAGUAAUUUGCGGCGAGCGGUGAACACCACUGCGCACGCGCUGUGGUGCCGGUUGUCGAACGCGAAGGCGAACGAUAAAAUAAUCAUUCACAGCGCUUUGCAAGAGAUGGCGCGCAACGUCGACACGUAUGCGUUGGCGUGUAAGAAGGGCGAUUUUGUGCCGACACAAACGCUCGCGAAAGAACUCGGCGUGUCCAGCGUCGACGAAGCUAAACUCUUCGACGCGUCGUCGAACGCCGGUCAGAAGAAGCUCAACCGAAAAGGCCGCGACUCCAUGCGAGAGUUCGCCGCGUGGGUGAUGAAUCAGGACGCCGACGUCGUCAUCGCCGGCGGUCACUCCAUCUGGUUCCGCGAGUUCUUCAAGACGUAUUUACCCUUCGACUCGACGUGCCCGGGAAAGAAGAAGAAAAUCGUCAACUGCGGCGUCGUGUCGUUUGAUUUGUCCUUUGGCGUCCUCCCCGAACACGGCGAAGUGUACGCGAUCGAGAACGUCAAAGAAAUCUACGGCGGCUUCGCCAAGUGAUCGCGCGCGCGCUCUUGCAUGCUCU